AUGCAGCUCUUCAAGACCGCCUGCCCUGCAAUGCACCACGGGAUGACGGUCAUCCUACCCGGCGUCUUCGGCGCGUUCCUCUUCUACGCGGACCUCGGCUUCGACGUCGUCCUCGCGAUCCAGCUGUUUGAGACGAACCACCCCAUCUGGGGCACCCUUACAGUGAUCUUCAUCGCCCAGCAGUACGUCGCUGUGUGGCUCGGUGUCACCUUCUGGCUGCACGCCCAGUUCGGCAUCGGCUGCAAGUGCGAAAGCGGCGACAAGACGUACACCUCCGUCUCUCUCGCCACGACGCUCUUCCUGUGCGCCGGCUUCCCAAUCGGGCCGCUCGUCCUCGACGUGGUCAUGUUCCUCGAGCCGCUCGGCCUGCUCCACCUCCUGCCGCCACCGAGGAAUGCCAAGGCGUACCCUUAUCGCCCAAUCAUCGACGACGCCGCAAAAGUCGACAAAGGCCUGUCGGCAAGGGCUGUUUACGGGAGCUCCGGUCUUGAGCACGCCGCCGACCCGCACCCAGAAGCCGAUGUCGAAGCUCACGAACACGGCAGGCACCUCCACCGGCCAGCGGCUGAGAGCGUCCGAGACUUUGCGCUUGACCAAGUCCAAGCCGCCUGGCGAUUUUAG